AUGAAGGUUUACUGUCGUUUUGCACCACCGCAUGCAUUUGUCUCAACAACAGAUGUGGAUCGUGAUGAAUCGGAUUUGCAAACUUCUUCAUGGAUUGCACCCACAAUGGUGCUGCUUUCACUCCGUAAGAGUGGUAAUGAGCAGCAACAGACAUUUACAGUAACGGACCCACUCUCUGGAAGUAUGGCUUCAUCUACAUGUCAGCGUGUUUUCAUUCCACGCUCUAUGACUGCCAGUGCUGUAGGCACCACUUCUCUUAAUUCCUCUUCAGGACAAGAAGAGGAUCAACAACAAAAACAGCAGAAGGGAGUUUUUGAUGAAGUAGUACGUCCUUUUCUGCAUGAUUUGAUUAUUGGAAAACGAUGCAUGUUCCUUGCAUAUGGACAAACUGCUACGGGAAAAACAUACACGAUGUUUGGACCAGGAGUGGAUGAUAAUAUAUAUGAGCUUCAGCGACGACAGCGACUUGCAUCAAACAAGCGUGCUGGACUUAUUACGAGAGAAGAGACAUGUGAAGAAGAAGAAGAAGAAGAAGAGGGAAUGGUUCCUCGGUUUUUGCGUGCUAUCUUUGAUAAGUCGUGUAUAGAGGUAUAUGGAAGAUCUGUGGACUUUGUAGAUCUUUCUUGUCUUGAAGUGUAUAAUGAGUGUACGACAGACCUAGUGGCUCUUCAAUUUCAACAACAACUUCAACAGCAACAGCAACGGAGAAAAACACAUACAAGUAAGAAAAAAAAUGGAAAGCCUUCCUCUCCGGUAUUAGAUGAUAUGGAGAGUGAUAAUAUUCGGCGGGCGUGGAUGCGAUACGAAAAUGGCGGAUUAGGCGGCGGCAGUGGGAUGAGGAAGAUAUCAUACAAAUCAACUGAAAAAUCACAAGUACUCCGUGGAGCCAUGCGUCUUCGCUGUGCCUCAGCCGUUGAGUGUUGGCGACUCCUCUGCGGGGUUUUGGCACUGCGGCAUCGUAGUCAAACAGAGCGGAAUGUACGUUCCUCGCGUAGUCAUCUGCUCUUGAGACUUGUACUGCACAGUACGGAUGUUACUACCGGCAUGGUGGAUCCACUCGGUGAGGCGAUGUUCGUCGACCUCGCGGGAUCGGAGACCUACCGUGAGUAUGCAUGGAUUGGAAUGGGUAACAGUAAUAGCAAUAAUAAUAAUAAUAAUAAUAAUAAUAUUAAUAAUAGUAAUAAUAACAGUUAUAACAAUCUUAACAGCACCAGCAGUAAUACUAGUGUUGUAGUAGAACACGAUGGCGCAGUGGCAUCACCACUUUUGCCGACAUCUACUGUAGAUGUCCCACUUGUAGCCUCAACUUUCAAUGCAACUCGCCGCGAUGGCGAUGGAUUAACGGCGGCCGAACGUAAUUCACUACGAAUAAAGGAAAUGCGGCAUAUUAACAGUUCACUUCUCGCACUUCGCAAAGUAGUACGUGCUCUUCGUACAACAUCGUUAACAACACGUGUCCCUUUUCGUGAUAGUGCCCUAACGACUAUUCUUGAGCCCUUUCUUGUUCCUGAUGGUUCAGCCACAGUUGCAUGGAUAGUGUGCUGCUCAAGCAGACAGCGUGACUUUCAUGAGACUGUUGAGUCACUUCGCUUGGGAGCAGAAGCCUCUGCAAUACCCGCUCAUGUGCAACUCGCACCAAUUGUACUUCCCACCAGUACGAUUAAUAGAAACACUUCGAACAUUAAUAAUAAUAAUAUUCAUAUUAACAGUGUUAGUGGUACUAAUAGUAGUGCUGAAGGGUUUAGUGGGGAAAGAGCACUCUCUUCUAGAGGUGUUUAUACACAACCAGUAGUGUCAUCAUCUUUAUUAUCAUCAGCAGCAGCAGUAGCGACAAAUAUUAGCGGGCGGGAAAUAUCAAAUGAGAAAAGGAGAGGAAACACUGUAUCUGGCGCUGUUAUUCAACGAAGUGGUAGAAACAGUAAUAAUAGCAGCAUUAUGAACUCCAGUAACCAUAUCCCAGGAACAGCCAGCCACUAUAUGAAUGAUUGUAGUGAUGCGGAUAAGAGCAAAGAGAAAGAAAAUAAAAAUGAGGAGGAUGUGGAGGUAUACAAACAAUAUGCCUGGCAGCUUCUUGAACAAUGUAAGACGUUGUGUGAACGUUAUGAUGAAUGUGUGGAAGAACUUGCACGUGCAAAACAGAUUAUAACCACCAAAGACCGUGAAAUUGCAGAACUACGGAAGCUCUUAGCCACAGCCGAAGUCCAGAAGGAUCCACAACAACAAGCAAAGCAACAGCAACAGCAACAGCAGCAGAAUAAGAAUAAGAAUAAGAAUAAGGAAGAAGAAGAAAUUGAGGAGGAACUUUCAAAGGAAGAAAGUAAUGUAAUUUCUACUGCUCCAACAUUGUUGCCAUCCUCUCAUAGUGUGAGUCCUGGUGAGCACAGCACCCCGGUGCCGCCCGCAUGGUUGCGAAAAAGUGCCGUGCGUUUAAAUCAUAAUGACAUCUCCUUGGCAUUGCCUCAUCUUUCUUUCACCGCAGAACCAACAGGUGAGACAAAAGUUAAAGAAGAAAAAGAAAAAAAAGAAGUGAAACCUGUAAAUAUGGAAGGUUCAGUACACAAAGAUGCAGAAACUAGUGAAACUCAUGGUGAUAGUAACAGUAAUAAUAAUGCUGUUGAGAAUGAUGGCUAUGAUAAGGGUGCCGUUGACCUUAUUGACUCUAUUCUUCAUCGAUACUGUGUUCAUCAUGACCCUUUACAGGAUAUGAAUGACAGAAGUAGUAAUAACAACAACAAUACCAUCCAAAAUGACACAAUGAAAAACAUUGAACGUACACCAGCUGGUGUAUUGGAGAGCAAAGGUUGCGAUAAUAUAUCCGUUUUCACUACUCCCGCUGAAGCUCUGUUAGAUACAAAGAUGUCUGUUUGUACUGAUGCCUUUGCUGGUUUAAAGGUCAAUACACGACGUGAGCGUCUUGUUUCUUUUGUAUCUCCCAGCAGUCAUGGUGCGGUGCCACUGCUGAAAUUAGAGGAAGAACUUCACCCACCGCAUAUCAUUCCACCGCCACCAAUGCGUUCAUCUCUCUGCACAAACGUCAUGCCAUCGCUUGGGGAAGUAUUGCAAAAUCAAAGACAAAAGCAGAAGCCACUUCAGAAGGAGGAAGUCACAAAAACAAAAGAUACUGAAGUACCAGGAAAAGGAAACUCUCUAGUGGCGGAUGAGAAUAUUGCUGCUGGGAUUUUGCAGCAAUUAAUUUCACGUAGUGCCGCAUUUACUGAAACUGUGCCGGAGUGA